AUGUCCCACGAUCUCCACGAAGAGGAUACCUACGUCGGCGCCGAUGAGGGCGAGGAGGUCUUCCAGAAUGACGAUGACCACCCCAUGGAGUCCGACGGCGAAGAUGAAGAUCAACCCAUGACCUACGACGAGCAGAUUACCUUCCAGAACGACUCAUCCGCACACUUCGAUUCACACACCGAUUCCGUCUUCUGUGUCGCACAGCACCCAGUGCACAAUAACAUCGUUAUCACCGGAGCCGGUGACGAUACGGCCUACAUUUUUGACUCUACACCCGCCCAGCGCCCCGUUCUUCCGGCGAGCUACGAAUCAAACCCCCAGCCCCGCGAGCGCGAGUCCUUGAAGCCCCUUGGCAAACUCGAUGGACACAGCGAUACAGUCAACGCAGUGGGCUUCACCGAGCCUGCAGGAGAUUACGCAGUGACAGCUGGUCUGGACGGCAAGCUUCGCGCCUGGCGCGAUUCCACACCCGAUAAGACGGGUUACACUUGGGAUUUUGUCGCAGAGGCACAGGAGGUGGAGGAGAUUAACUGGAUUGCCGUUUGCCCUUACCAACAGGGAAGCGAGGAGAAGCGCAACGUUGUUGCUCUGGGUGCCAAUGAUGGUAGUGCGUGGGUUUUCCGUAUCGAUCACACCGACUCCCAGCCUAUCUCUAUCAUUCAGACAUUCUUCCAGCACACCGAGUCCUGCACUGCGGGUGCCUGGACACCCGAUGGAAACCUUCUGGCGACUGUUUCCGAGGACGGAAGCUUCUAUGUCUAUGAUGUAUUUGGAGCUGCGGCGGCGGCGGGUAUCGCCGGGUCCCAGGGUACCAGUACUGUUGUUGCUUUGACUGCAGAGGAUCAGCGCUUCGCGGUCGAGGGUGGCUUAUACAGCAUUGCCAUUUCCCCCGGUGGUGGCAUUGCAGCGGUUGGCGGUGCUGAGGGACACAUUCGAGUUGUCGGUCUUCCCCGGCUUGCGGGCGCCGGUCCCGCUGCAAAGGGCAAGGGCCCAGGAGCCCAGGCAGCUACUGCUUCUGCCGCUGGUACCAUUGUCGCUGCCUUGCAAGCCCAGUCGGAUGGUGUUGAGACCCUGUCCUUCUCCCAGCCCCCGCUGACACUUCUGGCUGCGGGCUCAGUCGAUGGAAGCAUUGCGCUCUUCGAUGCCGCUCACCGGUUUGCGGUCCGUCGCCACAUCCGGGAGGCUCACGAAGGCAGUGCUGUGGUCAAGGUGGAAUUCUUGCAAACCCGUGCUCCUGUUGCCCGGGGGCCCGGAAACGCUCCCGCUCAGGGACGCUCAUGGCUGCUUACCUCUGUUGGCCUAGAUGGUGUUGUUCGCCGCUGGGAUGCACGUGGUGGUACCGCCGCGGCGGCCCAGGGUCAAUUGCAAGAGUGGAAGGGACACAUGGCUGCGGUUGAGAACGAGGCCGGUGAACAAGCCGGUGGUAUCAUGGGCUUUGUUCAAGGAUUUGAUGGCAAGCGCAUUGUCACUGCUGGUGAUGACGGCAUCUCGCUGGUCUUCGAGGAGCAAUAA